AUGGCCCCACCAAGGAGAAUGACUCCUAGCCAAGCUAGAAGAAGAAGCACAAUCCAACCUUCAUCACAGAUAUCCUCACAGCAAUCACUGCAGCAAGCACGAACCGAGUAUGAAUCAAUAGGAGAUGAUCUUUUCCCAUUGUUACCACCAGCAGAAAUCGCCGACUUGUUAGCAUAUUGUUAUUUUGAAGUCAACGAGGAACUAAUCAAGAAACCCACUUCACUGUUUGUGUUCCUGUUAUACGAACAGUUGCUUGAGCAGUGUCUAGCUAUCCCUAUUGGUCGAGUAGAAACUGUAGCAAGAAGAAUAGCCCGUGAUGGUGACCAGCAAGACGAGGGCGAAGUGGAUGAACUGGAAAUGGUGAUGAACCGAUAUAUGGUGCUUACGAAAUUCUUUGGGAAGUUCUUGAAGGAUUCGGGCUUUCACGACUUUGGAUUGUUUGAUGUUGCUAAACCCGACCCUCUAAGAACUCAAAGAAUAUUGAGUGCGGUACUGAAUUAUCUUCGAUUUAGAGAACACCAGUCGCCCAUAUUCGAAGAAAUCGCCCAUGAUGUUGAUUUGAAAAUGGAGGAAUUGGCAGAUGUCCAAGAAGAACACAAUGCUGCUUUGAAUGUGAAACAGGAAUUGGAAGACAAAUACGGCAAGACCCCCGAAGAACGCCAGGAGAAAUUACGAGCUCAGAAUGCCUAUAAUGCGUUGAUUGAACGUGAUGUCGAGCAAUUACAACAGACUUUACAAGUUUUGGAACAGGAAUAUAAUGAAUACGAACGAAACAAGCUUGACCUUAAACAAAAAUUCGAAGAUUUGCACGGAUUAGUCGAAGUUGAACGGAUCAAGAUUAAGUCAUUACAAGAAGUCAAGUCCACGGAUAUCAAGGUCUUGCAAGAUGUGAUGAACAAUUCUAAAUCACGAGCUGCGGGCAGACAACAAGAAAUUGAAAGGUUGAAACAAGUUAAGCACAAUUAUGAAACCACCAUCAGAUCAAUAGAAACCGUGGAACAAGAAUUACAUGUGUUGUUGACUUUGAGUCGAAAACUUAAAGAAAGCAAUGAUGACAUCGAUUCAAUUAAAACAACCAUACGAGAUGUUCAAAAUGCAAUCAAUGAUUUAAAUCCAAUAAAGGAACGACUUGAAGAAGAAGUUAAGAAUUUGGAACAUCAAUUUGUCGAUACAAAUACAAAAUUAGCCGACUUGAAUAAAUUAGUGGAAGUAAGAUCUAAACAAGCUGAUGAUUCAUUCAAUGCUUCAAAAAUUGAAUAUGAAAGGGGAAUAGCCGAGAUCGAGAAAACCCUUCUAGCCUGUGAACAGUUGAAAAUACUGUACGCUGAACUUGAAAAUGAUACCUCGAAAAUUAUUAGAGAAUAUGAAGAUGAAGAACAAGAAGCUAAGGAAAAGUUGGCGCAAUUAAGUGACAAGCUUCAACAGUAUAUGCAAGUUGCCAAUCCAAUCCUCCAGCUUUAG